AUGUCUGAGGAACCGCCGUCGUCGCCGCGCCUCCCUGCCUUCACCUUUCAGUCCCGCAAGCGCAGCCAUGUCGACCCGGCCGUCUUUUCCAGCGAUGACGAUCCGGGGCUCGACAACUAUGUCGAGGGGAGGCGGAAGAAGCGCUACGUCGGCUCGUGGUUCCAGCAGCGUCUCGACUCGGUAGAUUCCAGCUUUGAAGAUGGACCUGGCACAGUCUCCACCGUCCCGAACAAACGCUCCCUGAAAAGGGAUCUGGACAGCGGCAUCUUCCUGGGCAGCGACGCCACGGAUGGCGAAGACUUGAUCGAGGGAUUGGAAGCCCCGGCCGUGCCAAGGCUGCCCCAAAUAGCACCCCGGACCGUGCCUCGACUGUCGCAGCCUGAAAUAGUGGCGCGACAGAAGAUCCAGGAGUGCAUCGACAGGGGCAACGAGAUGGUUGAUCUCUGGGGCGUGGGCUUGGAAGAGCUCUCCGACGACAUCGUCAACCGCCUCGGACAGGUCACGUCCAUCCCCAUUGUGGCCAAGGACGUGGCCUUUGCACCGCCGGCGCCAAACUUGCAGGUGUUCCUGGCCCUGAACAAGCUGUCGCGACUGCCCGGCUCUCUCUUCGACCUUACGCACCUUACGGUGCUCAGUCUUCGCUCAAAUGGGCUGACAGAACUGCCCCCGGCCAUUUCGAAGCUGACCAACUUGACGGAACUCAACCUCUCCCACAACAAGCUCAGGUAUUUCCCUGCCGACUUCCUGGAUUUAGUCGAGCCGGGGAGUAAGCUUCGCGACUUGAACGUUACCUACAAUCCCUUGUGGCGGCCACAAUGCCCUAAUUCAUGCACAACGGAUGAUGUUAGUGAGGAGAACGGAGGGAAGAGCCACAACCGCUCAUGGCUCUUCAUGCACCACGACAAGCGCGAUUACAUGGUCCAUUGGCUCGGCCGAUCCCCCCUGCAGGUCUCCAACUCCAAUGGCAGAGUUAUCUCAGACUUCCGUCUUCCAUCGAUGGAUGACGCGCCGGAGCCGUCAGAGGAACGGGUGCCCGUCGCGGUUUACAUCGACGAAAAGUCUGGCGGUCCGGUAUCCGUCUCUCCGCAGGAAUCUCCUGGCUUGCGCAAGGGGGAGGCGACGCCCAGCUCCGUGCCCAGCCUGACGGAGCUUGCGCUGCGGAGCUGCUAUCGUAGCAGCUACCUUCGCGAUCUCGACUCGCUCAUCCCAGACGGUCUCUCACACCUCCAGAAGCUGGUGCAGCGUACCUCGUCGCAGAAGGACAUGGGCGGCUUGACUUGCUCGACCUGUCGAAAGACGAUCGUGGUGCCUCCUCUUGAAUGGGUUGAAUGGCGGGAGCUGCUGAAAUGCUCCUUCACCUUUGGGGAUGCUGAUGGACCCCCGCGAGCCAGGAUAUUCACCGACGAGGAGUUGGUGGCGCCUCUUCUUUAUCGGGCGUGUUCAUGGCGCUGCGGACCCAAGGAUGUGAAGCGCGAGUGA